CAGUGAUAGAAGGGUCAUCGAAGCAGAAUGCAGAGCAGACGAGAAAGAAAGAAUGUUUUUACUGUGUCAGUGAAGUGAAUUUUGUGAACAACUUUAGUGAUUAUUGUGUUUUAAUGUUAUAAAUAUGACUAAUAACAAUAGAUUCAAAACUAUUCAAAAAAGUUGAGGUGUAACCACUUAUUUAAAAAUGCUUGAAACUGAUGAUUCUAGAAAAUGUGUGAAGUGCAAAACCGAAACAAUUCCAUAACAAUGGCAGAGUAAUGGAUUCGCCGCCAGUGUGCUCAGCUUGGUCGGGGCUGUCCAGCGAAGAUAGUGGCCUCCUGCUCACCAGUGAUUCGCUUUCAAGUAGCAACAGCAAUUGGCAGUUCACAAUGGAGUUGAUUGAAAGUGAAGAUGAUCGGAAGUCGUUCUCUUCGCACCAUGACUCACUGGAGCUCUUCGAUCAUUUUGACACCGUCAAGAAAGGAAAGCCAGUCGGUAUUGAGCCUAUCGAUCCGCCCCUUGAAUUCCAGGACGAGCCGGAAAGUGCAGACGACACGGACAUCUCAGAGUGCGUUCGAGAGCUGGCCGCGCAGCUUGUGGAGACCAUAGUUGAGGAGGCGAUGUCGCGCUCUGUCAUGACCAGCACCAGUGUCACGCCGCCGCGACGCGACACGCCUCAGUCGCGCGACACCCUGUAUGCGACACCACCCACCUCCAUGUCGCGGCGACCCGCGUCGCGACAGUCGCUGUCGUCGUCUUCACGACUUUCAUCGUCGCACAAUUCGCUGUCGGUCCCAGCUGCUAACAAGGCGGACGAUUCGAGUUUCAUCACGUCAGCGAUGUCGCACGACGUGUUGACAGCCUACGAUGACAGCGACAUCUACACGCUGCCUGUUGAUUCACUCAUGCGGCCGUACACGCCGUGUCCACGCAGGCCCAAACGUCAUCAUCGGCCGAACCGCAAGAAACGACGACACACCGUCGACAAUGACCUUGAUGGUGACCUUGUGAGCGAUCUGUGCGGUAUGCAACCGGCCUUAGCCGACACCAGCAAGCGGCACAGUGUGCCGGGCACAUCCGGUAAGGCGCGCACACACCGAACGCCCUGCGAACCCAUCCACAUGACGCUGCAGGAGGUGCGACAAUUCCUCUCCGACCUAUACGCGGUGCCGCACGACGCCAUUGUGCCGCAGACACAGCCGCAGCCGCACGCAACCCGCGGCCUGCGGCGGAAACACCGCAGCAAGCUAAAACCGCGCAGCGAGUCAGAAGAUAACUGUGUGAAUAUUAAUAACAACAAUAACAAAAUUAUUAACAAUAAUGUGAGUAGUGUGAAAUCGAAGAAAACGUCGUCCCCCAAUAAAAACAGUUUCUCCUACACGCUUAAACAGACUUUGUGCAAUCUGUUCCGAUUUCGGAGUCGGUCGGUAGUCGCGGAGCCGCCAACCGACGCGGUUUUAGUGCUGGAUGUGCCGCGCGGCGGCGGCGUAGGCGGAAACCGCUCAGCGAUUCCUUCGUCGUCGUUCACGAAACGCGCGCUGCCGCCGCUGCCUGCAGGGGGAGAUGGGGAGGGGGAAGUAGUGGAGGUGGUGGCGGAAGGGGAACGUGGUGAGGGGGAGGGAGGAAACGGGGCGGCGGAAGAGGAGGAGACAGAGGAGGCGAAUAUGGACUUUGCGUCCAGUAUUGAGAAGGUGAAAGAUUAUGGCUGGUAUUGGGGACCAAUAUCUGGUGAAACAGCGGAGAAGAUUUUGUCGAACGAGCCGGACGGCUCAUUCAUAGUGAGAGACAGCAGCGACGAUCACUACAUCUUCUCUCUCACUUUCAAGUUGAACGGCGUCGUUCGGCAUGUCAGAAUAGAACAUGAUCAAGGUAACUUCAGUUUCGGCAGCUGCACAAAGUUCAAGAGUCGCACCAUAGUGGAGUUCAUAGAGAACGCGGUGGAGCACUCGCGUGGUGACCGCUACCUGUUCUUCCUGCACCGGCGACCCAUCCACGGGCCAAUGCGGGUGCAGCUGCUGCACCCUGUCUCAAGAUUCAAGCAGGUCCAGAGUUUGCAGCAUAUGUGCAGAUUCGUGAUACUAAAAGUGGUGCGUCGCGACUUGAUCGGCGAGCUUCCUCUGCCUAGACGCAUCCUGGACUACCUGAGCUCGCCGCACUACUACUCGGAGCAUCCUUCGCUGGACGACCGCUCUUCGCCGCUCCAUCUCUUCCCAUUCAUGCCGCCUCCCGCCUCCUGAGGGCGGUCGCCGGCGGCUGCCGCCUCCGCCACCCCCGAUCCCGCCUUCAGACCGCUGGUGGUCACCUCCUAGUCGAGGUCUGACGGUCUCAGCAGUUCUAACUAGGGUCCGUAUGGAAAAUUCACUGAACACUCCGAAUUUACGAACUGAAACGGUAAGAUCUUACUUCAAACUUUGGAUCUACAGUUUGAAAACUUCGAAUUUACUAGUUACUAAUAACUAGCGGUCACCUCCUAGUGGAGUUCUGAUGGUAUGUGGAGUUCGAAACAGUUUUUUUACUAGGCUCAGUUUGAAAAACUCAUUUUUACUCCGAAUUUACUAGCUGAAACAGUAAUAUCUUACUUCAAACUAUGGAUCUUCAGUUUGAAAACUCACAAUCAACUUCGAAUUUACUAGUUACUAAUAACUAGCGGUCACCUCCUAGUGGAGUUCUGAUGGUCUGUGGAGUUUGAAACAGGUUUCUGACUAGGGUCAGUAUGAAAAACUCAUUUUUCACUCCGAAUUUACUAGCUAACUCUGGAUCUACAGUUAAAAAACUCACUUCCAACUUUGAAUAUACUAGUUCCAUUACUAAUAACUAGCGGUCACUUCCUAGUGGAGCUCUAAUGGUCUGUGGAGUUCGAAACAGAUUUUUGACUAGGCUCAAUAUGAAAAACUCAUUUUUCACUCCGAAUUUACUAGCUGAAACAGUAAGAUCUUACUUCAAACUUUGGGCCAGACCAUAUUGAGCUGCACACAGACUUGAAAGUCACAAACACGCGCAUUUCACUUUUCAUCAGCUGAAAACGCAGCUUUAAGCGUUUUUCCAAGCGUUUUUAGAUUUGUCAGGGCAGGAAGCUCUCCGAUUGGAUGAUUGGGUUGGCGCCCGAACAAACGCUUGAAAAAAACUCUUCAUUUUUAUCUUUUCUUCAUAUUUUCAGGCUUAUUUUUACAUCUACAUCAGUUCAAUAAAAAGCUUAACGUUUUGCACCUACCGUUUGGUACAUGACGAGAAAAAAUAUACGAGAUAAAUCUGUAGGCAAUGUGGUCUGGCCCUUUGGAUCCACAGUUUAAAAACUCACUUUUAACUCCGAAUUUAAUAGUUACUAUUAAGAUCCUAGUUCAAAGUUUGUAUUUACAGUUCGAGCCAACUUAACACAGUGAAAUCUUGAUUUGAACUGAGCAACUGAGGAUUUACUGUCUAAACCAGCUUUAACCCUUAAUGUACUAGUCUAAACAAAGAAUUCACAGCUUAAACCAAACUCAAUCUUAGUUUAAACUGUGGAUGUACAGUUUGAGCCAAACUAAACAGUGCGAUUCCUAAUUUGAAGUAAGUGUUAAUAGUUCGAAUCAACUUUUACCCGUAAGAUCCUCACUUAGACUGACGGUUAACAAAUUUAAACAGUACGAUCUGAGCAAAAACGAAAUAUUCACAGUACCGUAAGAUCUUUGUUUAAACUGUUGAUUCAAAACUUGAACCAAUUUUAAACUGUGGAUCUAGAGUUUGAAUUAAAUUUUGUUAACAUUGUUCAUUGGAGAUGGUUUAUUGGGCCUAGGUAACUCGUGAUGGAAAGGUGAAGUAUGAACUGUACACAUUUAUUACCGAAAUCAAAAGCUUGGAGUAGUUUGUAAAGAAUCGGGAAUGUAUUGUUUUUGAAGACUCUUCUGGUUAUUGUGAAGUAGUUUGCAAAUACUUCUCGAAAUCGCCAAGUAGAUCAUAAGGACUUUUCUCGGAAUUGCAAAGUACUUUAUAAAGGAUUUUUGAAAUUGAGGAAUAGUUCAUAAGGACUUUUAGAAGAAGAUUAACACAAGAAUUAUGAAGCAAUUCAUUGGUACAACAUGAAAUAAAAAAAUAUUCUUUUUAGGGGUUAAAUUCUGUUCCUAAUGCAGGAAUUUUUACCGAAUUCAAAAUGAAUCAAAUGGGAUUAACUGAUACUGAAAUAGUAUUAAAUGGUAAAGUAAUUUAUGAAGACUGCAUUAUUAGAUCCAUUGCCUUCGAGCUCGAAACAAUUCUGUUCUUCGUCUCGUUGAAUCUGACUCAACUCCUGUAAAAGAUUGACUAUGAAACUUAAACAAAGUUAAUAUUAAAAGGAGAAUUCGUUUUACUUGACUUCAUGUGAUAUCCAUUGUUUUAGGACUUGGGGCUCAUAAUGAUUAAAAUGUUUGUGAAAUCUACAUCAAAAAUGAAAUGUCUAUAGAAUAUGACAACGCGUAACAAAAUACUAACCUGGAGUUUCGUUUGUAAUUCAAAUUUAUUCAUUCCAAUACAUAAUCGAUCAAAAAUUUCAUAACAAAUAUGUAUUUUAUCGU